AUGGUUCAGUCCAGCACUCUUCGUAAGACUGGGUUGGUUGUCGCAGUCGAUAAGAAUCUAGGGAUUGCGAAGAAUGGAUGUAUUCCGUGGAAUCUGAAGAAGGAUAUGAAGCAUUUUGUGGAACGGACUUCAAGCACAAAAGACCCCACGAAGGUCAAUGCUGUCGUCAUGGGUAGAAGAUGUUGGGAAAGUAUUCCAGAAAAGUUCCGUCCUCUAAAAAAUAGACUAAACGUUGUCAUCAGCCGAACCCUGCCUGAGCACCGAGAUGAAAACCUCAUCAUAAGCAGUAAUUUCGAUGAAAUUAUGGAGGAAUUGUUGUGUGGUCGGCUAUCGACGAAUGUUGAGAGAGUUUGGAACAUUGGAGGUGGUGAAAUCUACAAGCUUGCGUUGGAAAAAGGAUUCAUAGACUGGAUACUUAUGACGAGAAUUCAGAAAGAUUUUGAUGCUGAUGUGUUUCUCGAUGGGAUUGACUGGAAUCAUUACGAAGAAGAUGAAUCAGCUCGUUCUGAUGUGAUGAGUGAAAAUGGACUUGAGUUCUCUUUUCAUUCUUAUCGUUAUAUUGGGUGA